GCGCAAACCUAUUGUUUUCCUUUAGAGUUGAAAGAUAAAACUGUGUUAAAAUUUGUUUUAGUUAUGUGCGAUAAAUUAAGGAAAGAUAUUCAAGUUGCCUUGAACAAUAUAAUAUCAUCUCCCAUUGUGAAAGAAAGAUUUUUAGCAAAAUUACCAUAUCAAUAUGUAAAGGAUAUUGCAAUUUCAAUUUUAGAAACAACUCACCUUAACAACAUCUUUUCAAAAGAAGAUUUGAAAUUUAAAAUUGAUGUAAAUAAUCACAUUUUUUUAGAAGGGGAAGGGGAAGAAGGUAAAGAAUUUCAAGAAUCAGAUUUUGUUCAUGCAAAAGACAUUAUUUCCGGAAUAAAUACUGAAAGAACUCUAAGGUUUUUGCAAAUGUUAACAAAGAUUCAAAGAAAAACAAAUACAGAGAGAAAACAAUCUUUUGGUAAACAAAAUGAUGACAAAUUUAGACUGGUUAACAGAUCAAUUCUAAAACUCUUUAUUGCAGAUGAAAUGAAUACAACAUCACCUAAAAGAGGUAAAAUCGGCGAAACAAUAGACAAUGAGUGUUUAGUACAUAAAAACAGGUUACCUAUGAAAUUAUUAUUUUCCCAAAGUAGACAGAAUCCUUUAUAUAGAAUGAAUAAUGACAACGAAACCGUACAAAUGAAUACAAUAGAACUGGAAAAUGUAGGCUUUAUUAAUGAUUAUUUCUUUUGCUUAAUCACUCAAGUAAAAGGAUUAAUUAAGGAAUUUAAUGAAUUGCCAUGGAUACCUUAUUCAGUUAAAUUGAAUAAAUGUCAGAGUAUUACUGAUUGGUCAGUAUUCUGGUUGUAUAAAUUAGAUAAUAAAAAUCUUGUGGAUAGAUCAAAGAUAUUGAGAAAGAUUUUUUGUUUUGAUGAUUGUAUUUCAUUGAGCAACUGGACAUUUGAAACUUGUGUAAAUUAUAUGAAACAAAUACAAAUUGAUAGUAAUAGUACUUCAACUCUUUGGAAUUUUGAAAAAAUGCCACCAGGAGAAUGUAUAUCAUUAAUUUAUCAAUUAUCACAAAAUGUUUCUGGCAAUUUAGGAGCUGUUAAUCUCUAUUUAAAUCCGUCUGUUAAUCCAGUUUAUGGAGAAGAUAAUAUGAUAUUUACAGAAAAAAGAUUCAAUACUAAUAUAAAUGAAAUAUCAGCUACAUAUGCCCUUAUUUCUAUUAUUGAAUCUUUUAUAAAAGACUUUCAGAAUACUAUAAUUGAAAAGUCAAGUGGUCCAAAAUUUACAAAGUUAAAUUUCAAUGAACAAAAUAACCUACACAAUUUAAUGGCUGUAAACCAGUUGUUAACAGAACUAAAAGCAAAUCUUGAAGAUGAUAAUUCUCGUAUUGUUUCUUUCCUAAAUAUUGAUUCUAAAAAUAGUAACGAGAAUUCAGUUGAAAAAUUAUUACUUUUGAUGUCAGAAGCAUUCGAACAGGUUUCAACUAGCAAUCAACAAUUUAAUUAUACAAAUGAUGUUAUUAAUGGAUUUAUUGAAAGAAUUGAUAAUCUAUUAGAGAAAAAACAAGAAUUUUUAAGUAUAACUCAACUUACAAAAGAAUUAAAUAUUGAAGAUCUAGUUUGUUUGGAAAAAAAGUAUCAAGUAAAGAAAAUAUACCAAUUUCCAUAUCUUAAAAUAUUGAAAUUAUGUCAUACAUUAGGACUUUUAAUACUUUUUAAGAGUUUUGGUAGUGAAGAAUGGUUUAUAGCUAAUCCGAAAUGGUUUGCUAAUUUAGUACAAAAUUUACAUACCGUAUCGGAAGAUUGCGAUUAUCGUGUUGAAGAUGACCUAUUCUUUCUUCACAAGUCGACAAAAGUUUGCCUAAAAGCUAAAUGGUAUUUUUCAACAAUUCCAUCAAAAUCAGAUAUUUUUGAAAUUAUUUUUGGGAUUGAAUUAGCUCUAACAUUGCCAUCUACUUCUUUAUUACUUCCCCUUCAAUUAUCAUACUGCGAAAAGGAAAUGACCAAGUUAAUGGAGGAUAACAAUGAUAUUGCUCAAGUUUCAAUGAUCUACACAUUUAAAACAAAAUUAAGCGAAUUGGCUCAUUGGAGAAUUAUCUAUUAUAUAAAUUUACUUUUCUGGAAAAACGAAAUAAAUACGACUAUUAGCGACCUCUAUUACAAUUGGAUAACAUUUUACGACGGACCGGCUGAAGCUUCUAUAUGUUUCAAUGAUGAUGAAUGUAAAUCUAUAAAGAUAUGUUGUAGAAUUUUAAAAAAUGAGAAUUCUCCAUCAAUACUUGCACAUUUAUUAAAGCAAAUUGAAACAGCUGUUGAAUAUUCAUUAAAAAUUUCAUCAGUCUACUUCUCAAAAAUUCUAUUUACUCCAUGGGGUAAUGUGUUAAUUGAACCAGAAUCUAAUGAUACUUACUCAACUGAAUAUUUGAAAAAUAAUUUAAAUUUUUUCAAUAAUUUCAAUGUAUAUUUUGAACAUGAAUUACAUAAUAUCUAUGAAAUUGGCUGUGUUAAUAAGUGUAAUUUAAGAAGGCAACACUUUUUAUGGAAAAUGCAUAAACAAUUAUAUCCAACUUUUAAAAAUGAAAUAUUGUUUGAAGAGGAAGGAGAUAUUGUUUGUAAUUUAGAUGAAAUUUUACAAACUUCCACUCUGUGUAGUAAUAUGAAUCCAGUCAAUUUCUAUUCAAUUACAUUAAGAAAUUGUUCAAAUUUAAAAUUUGAAUUAGCUAAGGACAACUAUUCUAUAGUUUUCAAUUCUGAUGAGAAGAGAAUUUAUAAGAGUACUUCUAAUGGUAUUGAAAAAUUAUUUGAUUUUGACGUUCAACAAUUUUCUGCUCUAACAAUAAAAUUUAUGCCCAGCUAUGAUCAACGAGGCUCUUACAAAACGGCUUAUAAAGCUUUGAAUACAAAGCUUAAACUUUAUAUGGACAAUAUCUUCAUUGGAAAUUUGUCAGAACCGGAAUUAGAAUUUACACUAAAGUUUCAUAAUGCGGAUAAAAAUUUAAUAAUUGAUUUUACAUAUGCACCUAGACAAGAAAUGAAACAUUCACGAAAUGCGUUAGAAGUAGGUCAAAAAUUAAUAAAUAAUGGACAUAUUUCAACUGUUGAAAACUUCAAGGAUUAUUUAAAUCUUUACGAUUUUCAACCAGUUCCUGAUAUUUGGUUUGGGAAAAUAAUGAGUGCAAAGUCAUCAGCAGAUAUUCUAUCAACUUUAGCUGUUGAUAGUGCAGUUUUAAAAGAAUCUUUUCAAGUUGAUAAUUUAUUAGGAACACUGGAUAAUUUAAAAACAACAUUUACGUGUUAUCUUCAUGAAAAUGCAUUGCCAACAACAAAAAAUGAAAGACAGAAAUAUUUGCAAUUACUAGACAAUGAUAAGAUCCAAAAUGUAAAAAGAGAUUUCCUGAAAGAGAAUAAUUGCCAUUGUUUUAAAUAUUUAACAAAAUGGCGUAUUAUCAAUAAUAACAUAAGAACGGAAGAGGAAGAUGGUGAAGAUGAUGGAGGACUAUUUGAAAAUGUUGAAAAAAUGCACAGAUUAAAGGAUAUUUACUUGUUAAAGUGUAAUAUUCAAACAGCUUUAAAACAUGUUGAUAGGAUUGCAUAUUCUAUUGAAAAUUUUCAAAUUAUCAAGAGUCCUAUCAAGACUAUCCACCCUUCAAUUGGAAAAUGUUCAUUAAUAACUACUUUACGCUUUGAAAAUCUUCUACUAUCAGACCUACCAAUGGAAUUGUCCAAUCUAACUCUUUUAAAAUUUUUAUAUCUUACGGGAAAUUUAUUUGAAAAUGUUCCAAAAGUGAUCAGUCAACUUUCAAAUUUAACACAAUUAAAUCUAGAUGCAAUCAAUUUCACACCAUUUCAUUCAAAGAUACUAGAAACUGAUAUAGUAUCGCUUGAAGAGUGGAAAUAUACCUACAACGAAAAUUAUUCUCAGUUGAGUAGUGUUGGAUUUGAUGAAGGAAGUAUGAUGAAACUCUUCAAGGAAAUCGCAAGUGAUGAUAGUUUAAAAAGUAGAGAUGAAAUUCAAGAAUUUCAUGCAGUUCUUUAUAAAAAACUACCUAGAAUUACUUCUUGGAAUGUUUUGGAAAAUCUACAUAAACAAUCAUUCAAAAUACUUGUUAUAUUAAAUUUAAAAUAUACCAGUUUUCAAACUUUGGAUGAUAGUAUUGAAUAUUUGGAGAAUUUACAUAUUUUAGACAUAUCCUUUAAUUUACUAUUAGAAGAGAUUAGCCCAAAAAUCGCUUAUCUUCCACUACAGACACUAUAUUUAGAAAAUUGUCCAUCAUUGAGAACACCUCCAAAGGUAAUAGCAGUCAAAAGUCUAAAACAUAUACAAAACUAUAUGAGAGCUUUAGACAAGGGUUAUGUAUCUUGUAAAAGAACAAAAUUAAUGCUUGUCGGUCUUGGAGGAGGUGGAAAAACAAGUUUAAUGACUUCACUAACAGAAAAUAAUCAGGAAGAAAGUGAACAAUUGGUAAAAAGUACUAAAGUUACAGAUGGAAUUUGUAUUAGAAAAUGGCUUGUUCAAUCUAUUGAAUAUUCAAUAUGGGAUUUUGCAGGACAAACUGUCUAUUAUAAUACUCAUCAGUUCUUUUUAUCAAAUAGAGCCGUAUAUUUUUUGGUAUGGAAUGUUAGAUCUGGAGAGGAGCAUGCUGGUUUAAAAUUCUGGUUGAAUUCUAUAAAAUGUCAUGCUCCUAAAGCACCUGUAUUCAUUGUAGGAACUCACAUUGAUCAGGUUGAAAAAUCUGAAUUACCAACCAUCAAAUAUCAAGAAAAAUAUCCACAAAUUAAAGGAUUUUAUAAUGUCUCUUCACUAACCAAAAAAGGUCUUAACGAAUUAGUUGAUGGUUUAAUUAACAUAACUAUUAACGAAAAAUAUAUGAAUGAGAAAAUACCAAACUUUUGGUUAGAUUUUGAAGAAAAAUUAUACAAAGUUAGCAAAACUUUAAAUAUAAUCUCUAUAGAGGAAGCCAUCGGAUUUGCUGAAGAAACUGGUAUAAUUGAUAAGGCUGAGUUUUAUCAAGCAGUUGAAUUUCUUCACGAAUUAGGAUCUAUUCAAUACUUUCAAAAUGAAUACUUAAGGAAACAAAUCAUUAUAAAUCCUCAAUGGAUUGUUGAUGUAAUGGCUUGCGUUGUUUCCGUUCAAGAGAAUUCAAUAAAAAAUGGAAAAUUAUUGCAUGAUGAUUUGAACAAAAUUUGGCCCAGUGAGUCAUACUCUAAUCUUCACAAAUGGCUUCUACGUUUAACUGAAGAGUUUGACUUAACAUUUUCGUUGAAGAAUGAAAGAGCAAGUUUAGUUCCCUGUCUUCUUCCUGAUAUUGAACCAGAGAAUGCUUGGGAAAAAGAAUCUUUAAAGGAAGGGGAAAGUGAAACCAAAAUGGUAUAUAAGUUUGACUACUUGCCUUUUGGAUUAUUUAACAGAGUCCAAGUUAGAUUAUUUGAGUAUGGUGAUGAGUUUCUGAUAUGGAAAACUGGCUCUUAUCUCACGAAAAAUGGCCAUAGAGGUAUUUUAAAGAGAAAAAGCUCUUCAAAAAUUCUUAUCAAAGUUAGAGGAUUUAAACCCGAAAAUGUCCUCUUUCUCGUCCAUGAAGUACUUGAAACACUAAUUGCUGAAUCUUUUCAAGGAGUUGAAUUCAAUUUUAUGACGCCUUGUCCUGAAUGUAUUUAUCAUAAAAUACAACAUCCUAGUAUGGUUGAAUCCUGGAGAAUAAGAAAAGCUAUGCAAUUAAAAAUUCCUUUUCUACAAUGUACUCAUAAUUUUCAUACUGUGUCUAUAACACAACUUCAAAAUAUGUUACCUCCUGAGAGCAGUGAGGAAUUAGAUAUGCAUCUGCAAAAUGCUGUUAGAGAAUUAAAGAAAAUUCAAUUAAGGCCUAUAAAAGAUGUUUUAAUGUUAUAUUGUUUGGCCGAUGUUCCUUCAAAUGAGUCGGAAAGUUGUAAUCAUAUCUCCGCAUUGAGAAUAAAAAAUGAAUUGGAAAAAGCUGGCUUUUAUGUGAAAAUGUUUAAUGAUUCUUGUGAAAAUUACGUUGAAGAGGCGAUAUCUUCACUAAAAUCUACACAAGUAGUACUCACACUGAUGACAGAUGAUUUCAUUAAGAAUUCAACUUGUAGAAAUUUAUUCAUUUAUACAAAAAAGAAUUUAGCUAAACAGAAUCAGUUAAUAUUAAUUAAAGAGAGCGAUAAAUGGAAAAAACAUACAGAUAUUGGUAUGCUGUGCUCAGAUGAUAUAUACAUAAACAUGCAAAAUGUUGAGAAAUUUAGCGCAAAGAUGAACGAUUUGAAAAAUUCGUUAAGUGUCAAUUCAAAACCAACAAAAUGGCCGCCGUGUUUUAUAAGUUAUUGUUGGAGUAAUUCUCAAAUGGCAAUAAAUAAAGGGACUAAAAUGAAUAAAAAAGCACUUGGUAAAACUGAUCCAAGGUUAUUAAAGGAUAAACUUGAAGAAGCUGGAAUUAAUUGUUGGAUGGAUAUUGAACAAGUAAAUAGAGGUGGUUUAUUUCAAGAUAUUGCUGAAGGCUUAAAAAAGGCUAAAAUUGUUGUAGCUUGUGUAUCAGAUGAGUACAUUUUAUCUAAAAAUUGCCAAAUGGAAUUUCGUUUUGCAUCUCUAACAUUAAGAUUACCAAUUAUUCUUGCAAUUGUUGGAACUGGUAAAAAUUGGAUUCAAUCCGAAAUUGGUAUGAUAUCUUUAUCAUAUCCAAGAGUUAAUCUUCAAGAAAUGGAUACCAACAUUGUAGAAGUUGUUAAUCUUGUCAAGGAAAAGAUUGGUACAGAAGAAUUAGAUGAAAAUGUCAGAAUUGAAAAGGAGAUUCAUCAUGAAGAAUUUACAGAAUUAUUAGAAUUAGCUGAAAGAAAAUUACUAAGGCAAUUGGCAACUUUACAAAAUCUAUCAAGAGGAUUCAAUUUUCCUCAUAUUCCAAUAUUAGAUUAUUCAACAAAUUCAACUGAAAAUACUACAAAUCGAUAUCGUUUUGUCUUCCUUUGUGAGUGCGAUCAGGGUUGGCAUUUACCUGACAAUCAUCAAAGUAUUCAAUGGAAUGUUCCAUUUGAAAGUAGAGAAGCUGAAAAAUAUAUGACAGAAUGUGUUUAA